CCGUCGUAAUGGGAGUCGAAUCAAGCUGGAUUCUGUUUUGCGUCGAGUAACUCGAACGAUCGAUAAAAUGGCUCGGCCGAACGGGCGGGAUUGACGUGUCGACGGGUUUAAAGACCAUGAGCGGGCGCUCGGCGCGCGUUUAACAAAUAGCCGACGACUCGCGCACGGUGAUCGGGAUCUUAACCUGACUGGUGGCGAUUUGAAAUGUAAAGGUCCGUCGUGCUCCAGACGGUCAUGCGGUUCACGCGGCUGGUUCGCACAGCGGGCACGGGCUCGACGGUGGGGCAUGCCUGCACGAGGAUCGUCGCGUGAGGGAGAGACGUUCACUCGCUGGAGCAGGUAGGGCUUGGAUGGAACGCGGGCGCGGGCACGGCCCGUUGGAGAUUGCCGAAGAUGUUUCGCAGCCGGAGCUGGUUCGGCGGCGGCCUCUGGAAGCCCAAGAACCCACAUUCCCCGGAGCACCUCAAGUACCUGUACAACGUCUUGUCGAAGAAUCAGACCGUGUCGGAGAACAACAGGGGUUUGCUGGUCGAAACUCUGCGCUCGAUAGCCGAGAUUCUCAUAUGGGGCGAUCAAAACGACAGCAGCGUAUUCGACUUUUUCCUGGAGAAGAACAUGCUGUCGUUCUUCCUGCGUAUUAUGAAGCAGAAAUGCGGAAGCUACGUGUGCGUCCAAUUGCUGCAAACGUUGAACAUUUUGUUUGAGAACAUACGCAACGAGACAUCCUUGUAUUAUCUGCUAAGUAACAAUCACGUAAACAGUAUAAUAGUGCACAAAUUUGACUUCAGCGACGAAGAAGUGAUGGCGUACUACAUCAGUUUCUUAAAGACGCUGAGUCUGAAAUUAAACGCACAUACUAUUCAUUUCUUCUAUAACGAGGUAAACGAGCAUACCAAUGAUUUCCCGCUGUACACAGAAGCAAUCAAAUUUUUCAAUCAUUCGGAAGGCAUGGUGCGCAUAGCCGUGAGAACUCUGACGCUGAAUGUGUAUCGCGUCGAGGACGCGUCCAUGCUGGCCUUCAUAAGAGAUCGCACGGCCGCGCCGUAUUUCAGCAAUCUCGUGUGGUUUAUCGGCGAUCACAUUAUAGAACUGGACACCUGUGUCCGUAACGAUGCCGAUCAUCAGAGUCAGAACAGGCUGUCGGAUCUAGUCGCGGAGCAUUUGGACCAUCUGCAUUAUCUAAAUGACAUUUUGUGUUUGAACAUACCGGACUUGAAUAAGGUUCUGUCGGAACAUUUAUUGCAUAAGCUGUUAAUCCCGUUGUACGUAUAUUCUCUGAUGAAAUACAAAAACACUUUGUGCCAAACUCAGGAAGAGAGAAAACAUGUCAGCGUUGUGGUGGCGCUUUUUCUACUUUCUCAAGUCUUUUUGAUAGUAUCGCACGGACCUCUUGUACAUACGUUAGCAGCCGUGAUGCUCAUGUCCGAUUUAGAGGCGCUUCAAACUGGGACUAAUAGAAUUCUGGAAAAAUUCGUGGACGUAACGUCGAAUAAGUUCGUCACUUUUUCACCGCCGAAAGAAACGUUGAAGAAGUCUUUGGAUGCUCUAAAUAAAACGCGCUCAACGUCCGAAGAAUCUUACGCUCGAGAAGACGGUAUAGGAGACACAGAGGAAGUGGACAGACAUGCAAGUGACGAGUUGCAAGAGUUUGAUCAUCCAAGUACAUCUUUUGACGACGCUUCUACCCCUGUAAAUACUCCCGAUCUUAUAAGUACACCUCUGAAUACAAGCGUUCCGAGCGAAGAGGAUUUAGAGGAAAUUAAGCAAUUGAAUGUGACGGAUGAGGAGAAGGAGCAACGCCUGGCAUUGGAGAGCCCCUUGAUGCCCCACCAAAGUCAAAGUGACAUGUUCGAGUCUUUAGCGAAGAAACCAUUUCUAGAAACAAUAACCAAUUCCUUAUUAUGCACAGAGAAUGAUUAUGCUGCAUUAUUCGCACUUUGUCUGCUAUACGCAUUAGCUAAUAAUCAGGGUAUAAGUCAUAAAAUUCUGAAUAUAAUCUUGUCUCCAUUCCAUAAUGAUACGUCGACGAAAAAUUCUUACAAUGAAUUGCUCAUGGACAGGUUGAUUCAUAUUGUAACUUUGAGUUGUCAAACAAAUUCCAAAGUGAGACUCAUUACAUUGGAGUUAACUGUCAAACUGCUAACGCAACUGACGGUAUCCGAAGGACAGUGCCUGUUACGGGAAUCGCAUCUAGCAGUUAUUGAAGCGGCGAAAGAACAAAGUACAUCUCUGCUGAAAAACUUUUACAAGAGCGAAGAUAUUUUUUUGGACAUGUUUGAGGACGAAUAUAGCGAAAUCCAAAAGCGACCGUUAAAUGUCGAAUGGUUAAUGAUGGAUAGCAAUAUUUUGUUGCCUCCUACAGGCACACCUAUGACUGGAAUUGAAUUUAGCAAAAGGCUGCCGUGUGGUGAGGUGGAAAGGGCACGUCGUGCGAUAAGAGUUUUCUUCUUGAUAAGAGAGCUAUCUCUGACGCUCAAUAUGGAAGUGGAAACACAAUUACCGCUGACUAAUCCGGCUAAUUGCGUACAAGUCAACAACGUUCUCGAUCUAAAUAACAGCGAUUUGAUCGCGUGCACUGUCGUGUGGAAGGACGGGCAGAAAAUUCGCCGUUUCUUAGUUAUUGACGUUGUGCAGCUGAUUCUUGUGGAGCCCGAUAUCAGUAAACUCGGAUGGGGUGUUGCAAAGUUGGUUGGUUUUCUACAAGACAUUGACGUGGCCGGUGACAAGGAUGAUUCAAGAUGUUUAUAUCUGACAAUUUACAAACCGUUAAGCAGCAGUUCGGGCAAUCGUAUACCGUUGCUGUCAGCUAAAUUCAUUUUCGAUGAUCACAUUCGAUGCAUGGCAGCUAAACAAAGGCUGACAAAGGGGCGAAUAAAAGCCAGACAAAAGAAGAUGAGUCAGAUCGCAAGAUUGCUGGAUAUCCCGACGAAUAUCCCUCAUUGUUCGACACCACCGAAUUAUGCCUUGCGUAGCUUACGACAUGAACGUGUAGGCGGACGUAGUCAGAGACCGCAAAGGGAUCAAGCGAGGCCGAUGUUCACGGUAAACAAAGUUCCUGGAUUCGCGGCUCAAAUGCGUAGGGAGAAUAUCAGGCCGGUAGCGUCGUCGAGUUCCAAACGCGACGAUGCCAGUUCGAACGAGAAGAUUCACGAAAAUGGCUUGCGAUCUAGAGACGGUUCGCCCAAGAUGCCAAGGCCGCGGAGCGAGGAGAUUCCCCUGGAGGACAUGCGUAUUCGGAAAGCUUCGCUUACAUCCAACGGGCUGAACGUGGCGCACAUAUGUCCAGAAAGGAGGGACAGCCAAGGUGCCUGCUCGAAUAGCAGCGAGUCCUCGUCUGUAAUUAGAAAACGCUCUGAAGAAACGUCGUUCACGUCUCCGCAGGGGCAAGAAUCAAAGCCACGUAGGAAGGGUCAAGUGGAAACUGUGUGAUUAAAACAGUUCAGUUUAGCUCGGCGAACUAGUAAUUCAAACUAAACGUAUCUUUUAAAUGACUUUGGAGAAUGGUUGGAAAUGCGUACAUGCCAUACUUUUGAGUUAGCGAAAAAGAGUCUGCUUGACUAAUUUAACAAAGAAAAUUUUUAGCGUAAAUAUUUUAUCUUAUAACUGGUAGAACUGUAAUUUUCAUGAUAUUUUUAUCAACUAUAUGUGAUGGUAAUAGCAAUGGAAUUUUUUAAUGAAAGCUCUUGUGACUAACACAGAAAAAAGGUAAGGAGAUGGAAGUUAUCAAAUAACACUGUUGAAUCAUUGUUACACUUUCCUUUGUGUUAGACAUCACUGAGGUCCUUAUCUAUACAGGCACCUCGUGUUUUAAUUUAAAUAAAAUCUAUUCUCGCUACUUGAUAUAAAUAUCACUUUAACGAUAAAGAAAUCGCGCAAAAAUUCUCGUAAUUAUUUCACAUUUGUGUGUAUAUAUAUACAUAUAUCUGUUUUGAGGAGGUUAGUUUUUCUAUAAUUUAAAGAAUACAGGAAAUUACAAUCUUUCGACGGUAUUAAUCAUUUAUACUCAUAUCUAAAAUAGAUUCUUGAAAAUCUCAUGUGAAUGACUGUAAAGCAUAAGACUUAAAUACUUAAGAAUUGAAUAUAAAAAUAUACACUAAAUGAAUUGUUGUAUUA